UGUGUGUGUGUGUGUGUGUGUGUGUGGUUGCAGCUUGUCAUGCAACGCUGCUCAGAGGGAACAGGCUGGCACGCAAUGUGGCUGAGCUCUGUUUCGAUGACGUCACACACGCUUCCUGCCAAAAAAGGGCAGACCUGACGUGACCUGGUGGUUACCAUGGUGACCGCUGCACCUAAAAGGGGCUUUUAUUUUAUUCAUUAGUGGCUUUAAGGGGCUCUGCUGGGUUUGCUGUGGGGUUACAGGACGUUACAACCUGAUUGGAGUUGAGUUUAUUACUGAGUUAAGACGCUUUCAAGAACAAGAAGCUUUUAUUUGUCACGAACAGCCGACAGCAGUCCUCAAAUGUGUUUUUCAACUGUUUACACGCUCCUUCAGGGGGCGCUACAGCGACCGUCCGACCGAAGCAGCAGCAGCAGCAGCAGAAGAAGAAGAAGAAGAAGCGCCAGAGAUGGUGGAUGUAAACAAACAGCUGCAGAUUGAAACACCUGCAGGGGUCAAAGGUCAGCAUCUACCUGGAGAAGAGACUGUCCAAUCAGCAGCCAGUGAUGUCGUGGGUGAAGCAGCGGUACCAUGACAUCAGCCCUGUGACCCUGCAGGUGGUGGGCGGAGCUGUGAGCUCCAGUCUGUACUGUGGGGAGGUGGAGGGGCUGCUGGGGGCCGCGGGGGGGCUGGUUGAGUCCUUCCUGGUGGAGCUUUAUCGCUGCAAACUCUGUCAGUUCACCUGUGGCCUGAAGGCCUCCAUCAGCAGCCACCUGCUGCUCAGGCACCGCCCCCCUGCCCUCACCUACCUGGGGGGCAGUGGUGAAGGGGGCGGGGCUGGGGGCAGAGAGGAGGUGGGGCUGCAGCGGGGGGCGUCGCCUUAUCAGCUGGACCUGAACGAAGAGUCAAAGCAGAGCGACGAGGACGAGGACUUCCUGCUCUACAACAUGCUGGACAACAUGAGCCCGCCCACCUGUGACAUCAGCACCGAGGGGGGGCUGCAGGUUGCACACACCUGUGAGGUCAGCACUCUGUUUGAGGAGGAGUCGUCCAUCUUCCCUCUGAAGAGGGGCUCAGUGGAUCUGUCCUGUCCCAUCGACCCCCCCGCCACCCAGGAGCAGAUGGCGCAGUCUGCUCACCUCAUGACUUUAGGACUCUGUCGAAUAUCAGCAGCCAAACCUCUCCCCCCUCCUCCCUCCACGUCCUCACCCGUUCCUCCCCCUGCGGACCCUCCCCCGCUGACAGACGGCGGCCGGACGCCGACUCCGCCUUCUGGCCGCCGCCGGCUGCCAUGUCUGCUGUGUCCGCUGACGCUGCCGUCCCGCCGGCUGCUGGACGUCCACGUCAGGUCUCAUCGCGCCGGCGGCGGCUUCAGCUGUGUCUGCUGCCGGCGGAUGGCCGACAGCUGGGAGGAGCUUCGGCCUCACUGGAGCCUCUGCAGGAGGAGGAGGGAGGAUCAGGGAGACAGGAAGAGGAAGAAGAAGAAAAGGGCGGCGGUCUGUCGGAGGACGUUCAGGAACACCUCAUCACAAAACGCUCAGACACACAAACCCAGCAGAUACUCAGAUGAAUGGAGGGGACAGCUGAUUGGACGAGCUAAAGGGAAGGAGGCGGAGCAGCUCGACAGGUAGAAAAAUACAAAUGAACCUUAGCCAAGUAAAAAAUAUUAUCAGAAGGAAUCUUUGAAUAUGAUCCAAGUAUCUUCGAAUGUUCUCACAAAGUAUAUCACAGAAAUACUCACAACAUACGGCACGCAGUGUUUACACACAGGUAUGAUGAAU